CAGAAUCGAAUCUUUCCUCUUUAAUUUAAAAAAGAAAUUUGAGGUGCUGAGUCGGUUUCGGGAUCUUCAGCAGCUCUGUGAAAGAGUAAAGUGGUGGUAUAAAAAGCUGUCCGCGCCGAGCUAAAGAAUAAUGGCCGAAAUUAAUGUUGAUCGAACCCGCCAGAUAAAAUCUUCAUUCAAUUUUCUGACCGUUUUUCCAUCUUCAGUUACACUUUUUUAUUUCCCUAAAUUUAGAGAAAACUAGAGCUGUAGCUAAAUCGUUUGCGUGUGGUGUUCAGCAUAGCAGAUUUCCUGGACUGGAAAUAGUUGUUCAGUCCAGCAGCAACGCGAGUUUGGAGAAUUCUUCAUAUUCCACACAUUUUGGAGCAAUUCUUAGUGAGAUUUCCUUUCCGGAGGCUCUACACAGAGGGGAUGACUGGGCUUCUUUUGCCAUGAUGCCACUUAAGGUUGCAAUAGGUAAUAAGUUUUCCUAGCUGUGGAGGAGAGCCAAUUGAUUUGUUUGGUUAAAAGAGAAUGUUGCUUCUUGAUAGAUUAUAGUUUCUGCAAUUGGCCUUAUAUCUUAAGAGGCACUCCGGAUGGUUGUGUGAUACUUCAACUUAACAAUUUUCUAGCAAACAAAUUGGAAACAUGAAUGAUCUUAUCACAAAAUCGGUUUCCAAUUAUGCGGAUCUAAAACAAAGCUACAUUCCAGAUUUGGAAGCAGGUGGUGAUCUGGAGAUGACAGCUAUCGGUGUUGAUUCAAAUCUAGAUAAGUUCUUUGAGAAAGUUGAUGAUAUAAAAAAAGAUAUGGAAGCAAUACAGAUAUUGUUUGGGAAGCUGCAAUCUGCAAAUGAACAGAGCAAAACAGUCCAUAAAGCAAAGGCUCUGAAGUCUUUGAGAGAUCAGAUGGAUAAAGAUGUGAAAGAAAUCCUUUCCAAGUCUAAAGUGGUCAAAACAAAGCUUGAAACCUUGGACAAAGCCAAUAUGGAAAGCCGCAGGUUGAGUGGAUGUGGAGAGGGAACAACUACUGACAGAACAAGAACCACAAUUACAAACAGUCUAAGAAAAAAGUUGAAAGAUUUAAUGGGCGAAUUUCAAGUUUUAAGGCAAAACAUAACAGAAGAAUACAAAGAUAUAAUUGAAAGAAGAUUCUACACUAUAACAGGGCAGCAUGCAGAUGAAGAUACAAUUGAAAAAAUCAUCUCAACAGGGGAGAGUGAAACAGUACUGCAGAAAGCCAUUCAAGAGCAGGGUCGAGGUCGUAUUCUUGAAACGAUCCAUGAGAUACAGGAGCGUCAUCAUGCAGUUAAGGAGAUUGAGCGAAAUUUGCUUGAGCUGCAUCAACUCUUUUUGGACAUGUCCGUGCUUGUAGAAGCACAGGGAGAGCAACUAAAUGAUAUUGAAUAUCAUGUUGCCCAUGCUGCAAAUUAUGUUGAGCGUGGAACAAAACAACUUCAAACUGCAAAAAGCCACCAAAGAAGUAGUAGGAAAUGGAUGUGUAUUGCAAUCAUUAUCUUGUUGAUUAUUAUCCUCAUAAUUGUCAUUCCUAUUGUUACAAGCCUGAAGAAGUCAUGAAGAUAAAAUUUAUUGCAGAUUCAGGCAUUUCAGUUGCCAUGAUUUUUUAAAUUCAAUUUUAACUCCUAGCUUUCCAUUAUUGAAAGGUUUAAUACAGUCAAACAUUGUUGUACCAUAAAGGUAGUCAGGUGGUGUGAUAUUUGAACCUUGCAACUUGUGUUGUAGAACACUUGUCUUUUUUGGAUAGAUGGACAAUUGAAUUGUAUUUUUUUUAAUCUCUAUUUUCAGUUAUCAUCUCUUCACAGCC